GAACGUCAUGAUUUUAUGCACUCACUAGGACCUUGAGCAAUUGUUGCUGUUCUUCCUGGUCUAAAAGAACACCUGUGUUACCUGUAAUGUAGCAAACAACUAAGCAAAUGUAAAACCCGGAAGAAACUUGACAACAGGACAAAAAAAACAUAAUCUGAUCUUCCCGUAUUUGCAAAGUUUGAUGGCGGCUGAAUAAAGUUCUACAACUUAAAUACAGCCAUGGCAGGUGUGAUCUCACCAGCGGCCCCAGGAGGCCCGUUUACUCUUCCUUCAGACCUCAGGAUUGUACUGCUUGGAAAAGCUGGAGCUGGAAAAAACAGAGUAGCCAAAGCCAUCCUUGGAGACAUCGAGCUGUAUAAAGAGAGUGAAGAGUGUGUUUUAUAUAAUGGUGAACAGGCAGGUAAGAGUGUAUGUAUAGUGGACACACCAGGAUGGGACAGAGUUUCUAUAGAGUGCACUACUAAGAAGAUCAAAAAUGAAAUCACCCGAAGCGUAACACUUUGUCCUCCAGGCCCACAUGCACUGAUUCUGGUGCUGCCUGUAAACAUUGGUGAUGUACCUUCUCAAAAUGAGCUUGAAUCCACAAGUCAACAUGUGGAGCUGCUGUCUGAGAGAGUCUGGAAUAACACUAUGGUGCUUGUCCUGUGUGAUAGAGAUGUAGAGGACUCCACAAUCACAGAACACAUUCAGAAAUCUGAGAAACUACUGGAAAAAUGCAGCGGGAGACAUUGUGUUAUGCGUCUCAGUGAAUCUGAAACCCAGGUCUGUGCCCUGCUUAAAAAGAUAGAGAGCAUGGUGGAAGAAAAACAGGGUUAUUUCUAUCUGACGGAGGGUUACUAUGAAGAGGAACAGGGGAAAACCGGUACACAGGAAGAGACAAAUAAAAAGCAGGGUGAAGAACAAUCAGAGGAGAAACAUGGGGUUAGGAAGAGACGUGGAAGCAUCAGUGAAAUACCUCCACAUAUGACUAAACAAGCAGAAGUUCCAGAGUGUAAGAAAGAAGGAACUGCAGCCACAACAGACAAGAAUCAGUACCAGUUGCCAUGGACAAUCAUCAAACCAGUACUAGUGAUCUUAAUGGCUUUUAUGGGUGCUCUUAUAGGUUCAGUGGCUGGAGCCUCACAUGGAACAGUGGGGGCAGCUGUGGGGAUUGUCAUUGGAUUUGUUGUACUAAUGCUCCUCAGUUGGUGGCUGAUCAGUGUAAUUCACAGGAUUGCAGAAUUGAGGUGAUUUUUUUCGACUGUAAAACAAACAAAAAUCUAUUUGAUACGUCUUUAACCCUAACCCUAUCAGAAAGCCUGUAUCAAUGUAACAUUGGAACAAAAAUGUGUCAUUUUACCCCACCAGUGAAACGUUUGUCAGAAAGAGCAGUUUCAAAAAAGAGCUACAGCAACUGUAUAGUAAAGGAAUAUUGAUGAUGGGUUUGUUGGGACUGUUUUGCUUCUGGUUAUGAAGGAGCUCUUUAAAGUUUCAUGGCUUUAUAAAUUCUGUGAAGAUUUCAGCAAGUAAUUGCCUGUUCAGACUGCUGUUAAAAUUCCUUGCGUCCUUAUUUUUUUAUUUUUUUAAGUAAUACAUUGUAAAUCACAGUACAUUACACUGUGUUUUAUUAUUAAUAACAACAUAAUUACACUUUAUUUAACAUUAUAUGGCUCACAUUAAAGAUUGUGGAGAUUGUGGACAAAUUAUGCAUAGUUGCAUUGCAUAUAGUAACAAAUGCUGUGUAUAUUGUAUAAUUUUGCAUGAACAUUUUUCAUUAAAUGCCUUUUUUUUU